AUGUCUAAUCGUCAUGAGAUUGACAAAGAUGGAGAUAUCAUCCUCCAGCUGAGUCGCAUGGAUGUUGACGAUGCUGAGGUUGCCGAGGGCAGAGAGAGCGGCGAGUAUGCCGAUGAGAAGCUCGCGAACUAUGAACAAGUCACGAACGAUGAGCUGAGGGUCUCCUCCAAGGUUCUCAUGUUGAACUCGCCGGUAUUCAAAGCCAUGCUUGGCGGGAAGUUUAAGGAGGCCACUGAACUUGCAAAGUCUACGGGCUUCUCCGACCCUUGCAGUAUCGAUCUCCCCGAUGACGAUGUCGAGGCAAUGACCACCCUGUGCCAGAUUCUUCACAACGUUUAUGUGGUUGAAAGACCAGAGCCGAUAGACCUAUCUCGAUUGGCAUUCAUCGGCGACAAAUACGAAUGUACCCAAGCGCUAAAGUAUUGUGGAAUGGUCUGGAUCAGAGACUGGCUGCAGGAUUUCGACGAGAACGUGCCGCCAAUGACUGAUUUUUGUCAUCUGUUGGUGUUCUCAGAUAUCCUGGAGAAUCUUCCUCUAUCAUAA